GAAAUUGAAAGUAGAUUUACGACAUUGCAUUGCCGAAGCAAGACGCCAUUUCAGGGUGUGGGACAGACCAGAGAGUUAUGUUUGGUGAAGUUUUAAAAAGGUAAAGAGGCAACUUUAUUGUUUUGGUCAGAAUUACAUAAAGAUACUCUGCAUUUGAUUAUAUCUCGAUAUUAGCGGCAGUAUUUCCAGAAACCAUGGCUGACAAAUUUGAAAGUUACCUGACCUGUCACGUCUGCUCAGAGACUUUCAGAGAUCCUGUGUCUCUGGGCUGCCAUCACAGCUUCUGCUCCAGCUGUCUGACUAAGUUCUGGGAUCAGGCUGAAAACAAGAACUGUCCGGUCUGUAAGAGAAAAUCCUCAAAAGACUUUCCAGGUAUCAACUUUUCAUUGAAGGAUUUAGUUGACUCAUUUGCUGGGAGACAGAAAGCAGGAUUGUCUGAAGAGAGGAGAGGAGAGGAGGGGGUGGAGGUGGUGUGUAGCAAACACUCAGAGGAGCCUAAGUGGUUCUGUGAGGAGGAACAGAGAGCUGUGUGUCACGUCUGUGAGUUCCCUGCCCACCACGACCACAAGGUGGUUCCUCUAGAAGAGGCAGUGAACAGACUGAAGAACAAACUGAAGGGUGACUUACAGUCUCUGCAGGACAAGCAGGACAAAUACAAACAUGUGGAGAAGACCUACCAGGAAGUAGUGCAGCACUCUAUAAAGCAGCUGGUCACCACAGAGACACAGAUCAGGGUUCAGUUUGAGAAGCUGCACCACUUCCUGAGAGAGGAAGAGGAGGCCAGACUGGCAGCUGUGAGGGAGGAAGAGGAGGAGAAGGGGAAGACCAUCUCCAGAGAGAUGAAGAAGAUUCAGGCCCAGAUCUCCUCUCUCUCCGUCAGCAUCUCUGCUGUGGAACAGCAGCUGCAGAAACAGAAGGUGUUGUUUCUCAGCAGCUAUAAACACACUCAGUCCAGCACCAGAGCCCAGGUCACACUGCCGGAUCCACAGCUGGUCUCAGGAGCGCUGAUAGACGUGGCCAAACACAUCGGUAACCUGACCUUCAGAGUGUGGGAGAAGAUGAGGGGGGUGGUCAGCUUCACUCCUGUCAUUCUGGACCCCAACACUGCAUCACCCUGGCUCUCUCUGUCUGAUGAUCUGACCAGUGUUAGAUACACAGGCUCAUGGCAGCUCCCUGACAACCCAGAGAGGAACACCAAGUACCCCCAUGUUCUGGGUUCUGAGGGAUUCAGCUCAGGGAAGCACAGCUGGGAGGUGGAGGUGGGGGACCAUCCUCACUGGAAUAUAGGUGUGGUCAGAGAGUCAGUAGACAGGAAGGGGGAGCGUUGUGCAUCCCCAAAGUAUGGAGUCUGGUGUAUAAAGCAGAUGAGUGGUAAGUACACUAAUGGUCUGGGUAACACUCUCCCUCUGAAGAGGAGACUCCAGAGGAUCAGAGUUCAGCUGGACUGGGACAGGGGGGAGGUGUCCUUCUACGACCCUGAAGACAUGACUCACAUCCACACUCAGAAAGACUCCUUCACUGAGAAACUCUACCCAUACUUCUCUAUUAGAGGAGCUGGUGAUGCCAAACACCCUGACGUAAAGAUCUGCCAAUCAGAGGUGUCUGUGAUGUCAUCCCAGUGAGGUGUGUGGUAGUUGUACCUGGUUGUUGUUGAUGAUGAUGAUGAUGAUGAUGAUGGUAGAACAUGCAGGAGGAAGAUCCCACCUCUCUGCUCUGUUGGUCACUCUGAUGUUAAAGUUUUAUAUUGAUACUGUUCACUGUGGUAAUAUACAGUGGAUGUUAUAUCAUAAUAUUCUGUACUGCAUCAUUACAAAUGAUUCUGUCCACCUGCACAUUUAAACUGAUUUUAAUUUGAUCAUCUGAAAACAUGUUUGAUGUUGCUCCACGUCACUAUUUGAAGAGUAUGCUAAUUCACUUAAA